AUGGUCGCAGCAGAUGAUUGUUGUCCAUUUACGUGGGAGUUCGAGAACUUCAUUCAGAAUGAGGCUCGACCCCUUGGCGUGGAAGUGGAAGACCUGGAAACCAUACGUAUCAACUUCCUCCUUGGAUCAAAAGGUAUUGAAUUGGCAUACGCCUUUGCUGAUUACACGGCCACAGCUAUACGAGAUGUUAUGCAGUUGGAAGUAUAUGACGGUAUGGAUCCAAGCAAGCUGCAGCUCAACGUCGUCAAAGCUCCAAACUGUCGCGCACGUCUAUAA